AUGGCCGACCGGUCAACCGCCUCGCUCGAUCUGACCGAGGUGCGUUCCUCCGCGCUGCUCGUCCCCCACCCGGAGAUCAGCGACGAACUGCUCUGCCUCGCCGCCAUUUACCCCGACUUGAGCGUCCGACGAAUCGACGACCGUUCGCUCGAGCUCGAACUUGGCACCUGUCUGAACCACGAUGACGACGACGCUCACGAAGGCGCCAAGCGCACAGCGCGCCGCACCCCUUUCGAACUCGUGCUUUCGAUCCCCCUGCAGAGCUACCCCGAGAUCGAACCUCCUCGCAUCCAACUCUCGUCCGUCUACCUCGGUCCUUUCCUCAUCCCUCCCGAACUGCACCACCAGAUCCAUCACUGCUUACAUCAACCCGAGCCAUCCUUGCCAGAGCCGGUAACGCGGAGAUCAGAGUUUUCCUCGGCAACUCAGGGGAAAGAUCUCAUCCAGGUCGAUUGGACACCGGGCCAAGUCGUCCUCUUUGAUGCGGUGCAGAUCAUCACUGACCAGUGUAGCGCUUGGUAUCGAGAGCGAGUCAAGGAGAUGAACGAGGCGAAGCACGAUGCCACGGCGGCAGCGGAUUCGGCGCGGGAGGUAGGGGGCAAGUAUGAGAACGCGUUGGCCUUGGAGGAUGGGAUCUCUGAAGCGGUGGGACACCUGGCGUUGGAUGAAGAAGGCGUGUCGUGGGAAUCAUCGUUCAAGAAGAAGGAACGAAGCGCCGCGGCCUCGGAGGGCAUCAAGAUUUGGUCCUCGGACCCGCUCGUCGAUAGAAAGUCGGUAGGUGCUUCAGGGCCUUGACUCGUGGUGCUUGGUCAAUUGAUGGUUGGCUGACUCGACUGCUUGUGCUAUGAUCUUCUCUGAAGGUGUUUGUGGGGCACGCGGCUAGGGUUCAUUCACAGGCCGAGGUGAGCAGUAAGAAAACCUCCUGCUCGUAUUCGGUGACGAGUCAUAGACGAGGGCUCAAGCUGACCCCGUCUUAUCAUCACCACUCGCUUGACUUUAUAAACAGGUCGACCAAGUCAUGUCGGAGCUCCUGUCCGACAAGAAGAUCGCCAAGGCAUCGUGAAUUUUCCUUUCCGUCUCGCUGCCGGAUAUAUCUUCAGCUUCCGGAGAGGGUAUCGCCAUCAUUGCUGACAAGCUCGCAACACUUCUCAUAUUUCUUUUAGACACAACAUCACCGCCUUCCGAUAUCAUGACUCGGAGACGCACGCGCUGUACCAUGACGUCGAUGACGAUGGUGAAACCGCAGCCGGGGGUCGACUAGGGCAUCUGUUGAGCCUUCUCGUAAGUCGAAAUGUCUGCGACAGGGCCGAAGCUUUAAAGGUCGUCGAUGCUGAUUCUUCUCAGCUCCAACGCCUCAUGUAGCAAGUGGAGAACAUCUUGGUUGUUGUGACGCGGUGGUACGGGGGCAUUCACUUGGGUGCCGAUCGCUUCAAAUUGAUCAACCAGGCAAGUGGCAUCGGCUUUGGUGCGCUGGAAACACAUGAGCUGACUCUGAUCGUCCUUUCGGAUCUCGGAAAUUCAAUCGGCCUCAGGCGGCCCGGGACGCUCUUCAAAUUGGUGGAUUCUUGUCUGAUGAAGCUAUCGGGAACAAGAAGAAGUCGGGGAAGAAAUGA